UUAACCUUCCACAUGCACAGCGCUUAAUAAUAGUAUCACAUUCACGAAUAAAGUUGAGUAAAACAAUGGAAAAUCAAACUUUACCGUCAGCCUUACGGGCGGGAUUAAUGGCCGGAAUGUUGAUAGAUGAUACAUUGAACUUGGGUAAUGAUGAUCAGUCAACUGGACAAAGCAUUGAAGAGGGAGUUAACAUGGUGGAAGACACGGUAGGGGAUGUGAACAUGGAUUCCCCUGACGGAGAUACCAAUGACAAUGAAAUAGAAGAGACAGAUCAAGAGUCCGAGGCUGAAGUAACAAAUGGAGAUGGUGGUGACAAUGAAAUGCCAGUGGAGACCGGACAUGAAGAUGAGGGAUCAAAUGAUCAGAGUGGAAAGGGAGAUGCCAUACGACGAAUUCAAGGAAGGAAUCAUGCUUCACAUCCAAACAAAUGCAAAUGUGGGCAUUGUCUUGGAGUCGGAAUCUGGGAGAAGACACGUCUUUGAAUCUACUCCCAAACGGAGGCAGCAAAGAUCUUUUGCUGUGCAGGUUGGAGAGUCCCCUGUGCCACGACAUCCACCAAGGCUCCGGUCAAAAGUGAACACACCAACGAAGACACCACGAAGACAAGGUUCCACAAACCAACCAACUGUGACACCACCUGUGACACCACCCGUGCAUUCCCUGCCUGGGAAAAAGAAGAAGUCGGUAAAGGCAACGGCUGCAAAAUCGCCAAGCCAGAAUCGGUGCUAUGUGUGCAGAGUAAUAUAUGGAAGUCGCAAAGACUUAGAUGUCAAGAAAUCCAAAGGACUGCAAGCCACGUGGCUUGGCUGUGACAAAGAAAACUAUGACAAAUGGGCCCAUGCCACCUGUGUAGGCAAAAAAGUGAAGAGUAAGAAGGACGCUGAAAAGAUUCUACUCAUUUGCCCUAACCAUUAGAGCAAAGACCUUGAAACUGCCUAAAAAAAAACCACACCAAAGUCUUAUCUCAUUUAGU